AUGAGUAAUUCAUCAUUACAUAAUGUUUUUAUUUGGGGUCAAAAAGAACUUGAUGACUUAUGGAAUUCUAUCAAUCGAUCUCCAUCGGAUCCUUCUUCGUUUUGGAUCUCAUUAGCAAGCUUUAUAUUUGCUGUUUUAGGUUCUUUAAGUAAUUUAAUGUCGGUUGUCGUUUUAUUAAAAUUAAGUACACACUUAUCAACAUUCAUCUAUUUAACUAGCCUAUCACUAUCUGAUAUGAUAACAUGUAUAACAGUGAUGUUAAUACUUAUAAUCGAAUUUUUGGUUCAAACUCGACAAAGUACCUCAGUAACGAUACUUCUUCGUAGAAUUGAAAUUAUAUCUGGAGCUUUAGCUGCUGCUAGCCGAGUUUUAUCAUUUUGGAUAUCAACAGGAGUUACAAUUGAUAGAUAUAUAUUAAUUUGUUAUCCAGUUUAUGGGAAAAUAUUUUGUACGCUAAACAGAGCAAAAUAUGUUUCAAGAACAUUAUUCAUAAUUGCAUGUAUUUAUUCGAUUCCACUAUUAUUUGAAUAUGAAGUUAUAAGAAUGCCAACUGUUUAUCAAAUGGUUCAUAUUGAUAAUGAAUCAGCAGCAGCAACAAAUGAUGAAAAACUUGAUAAGAAUAGUAUGCUUGUUACCAAAGGUUAUACUGAUUUAGCUAAACGAAGAGCAUAUCGUUGGGCUUAUCUAUUUUUUAAUGCAAUAUUUGUUUAUACAUUACCAACAUUCAUAAUCAUCUUUUGCAAUGUACAAUUAAUUGGUGCUUUAAAGCGUCGUAAAUCUCGUACUAAAGGUGUAAGAAAAAAACAUCAUUCGAGUCAUCCGGAAAAAUCUAUUCAUCAAACUCGUCGUUUUCACCAUUCAAAAUAUUCCAUAACAAUAAUGGUUAUUGCUAUGGUAUUAGCAUUAUUAUUAUGUCGAAGUCCAACUAUUGUUCUUUGGAUUUUAUGGUCAUUUGAAUUAACCAUAAAAGCUUUCUUUAAUUCAUCAUCAAGUUCAUUUGUUAGACGUUUUCAUAGUGUAGCAAAUUUAAUUGCUAUUAUAAAUGCAGCAACAAACUUUAUUCCAUAUUGUGUAUUUGGUGAAUUAUUUCGUGCCGAAUGUUUAACCAUUUAUUGUUGUCGAAAGCCAACCAGUGCACAAUUAGCGAAGAAAGCAAAAUUAGAACAUGAAAGAAAAAUUCGUCAUUCGAAAAAACACGGAAAAAUUAAAGUAACUACUAAUCAACAGCGAACCACUGAUUUUGAAAUAGAUUAUUUAAAUACAAUUUCAUCUAUAAAUUCUGAUUCAGUAAGCGGAAUAAAUACAUCAUGUAAUGAUUAA